AUGUUUGACAAUGUCUCUAUCUGUGUCCUUUUGGGUAACUUUUCUUCACACUCGUUCUCACCUGCCACUGGGGUUCUCCAAGGUUCUGUCCUCAGUCCACAUCUGUAUUCAAUAUAUAUCAACUCCCUGCCCCCAUUGCUCCGCACAGUUGCUCACUCACAAACUACAACCCAUGUUCCAUCACCCUCUCCUACCUCAUUGGAUGCAUAUAAUGCUCUUCUUGCUCCUUCAGGUGUAGAUGGCUUUGGACAUAUUCAUUUCUCAACACCCAUCAAUUCUCUGCUCUUUGCCGACGAUGUAGCUAUUUUUGGUUCUCUUUCAGACGUUCAGGCCAUGCUAGACCUUGCUGCAGACCACUCUCUUACUCUUGGAUAUCGAUGGAGCCCCACCAAAUGUGAAGUUAUAUAUCCCAAAACACGUGCAAGCUCGCCAGUUUCUCUUCUUUUAUAUGGUCAAGUUCUCCCUGCCACUGACCUGUUUAUUUAUCUGGGUGUUCCUUUUGCCAAUAAGGGUAUUUCUUCCAAGUCCAUUGCCACUCAUAGACGUUCUGGUACACUCGCUACAAUGGCAACCCUAAACUCUGUUGGUGCUUGUCGUUCUGGUUUUUCUCUGCUGCUCAGUUCAUGGCUGUAUAAAACUUUUGUUCGCCCAAAGUUUGAAUAUGGUUUGGCUAUUUCCACUCUGCUGAAGCAAGAUAUUAAAGUUCUGGAGUCCAUUCAAGAUAAGUGUCUUCGCAUGAUUGUUGGGGGGCAUGCCACGUCCUCUACAAUUGUGUUGAAGCAUAUCUGCAAUCUGCCAAAUAUGAAGUUUCGUGCAGAUGUUCUUAUAGCCAAAUUUUGUAUCAGAUCACGCUUUCUGCCUGCCCAGUGCCUUUUGUCUCUUUUACACCGUCAUCAUACCAUCUAUUCUUCACUUGUCUCCCUGGGAAAAACCCAUCUUCUGUCACAUCUCCCUCCAACACUCAAACUCCAAAGCCCUAGUGCAGUAAAAAACCAUUUUGAAAGCAUUAGAGAAGCUGGAUUUACAACCUUUCUCCAGUCCAAUACACAAGUUCUCAUUCAAGCAUGCCGCCCAGUUCUUGGAGUUGAUCCAAUUUUGUUUCUGCCAGCCUCACAUGUGGAACGUGGCCGUUUGAUUCGUUGGAGAAUGGGGUGGUUACCAGGCAAACCAAAGGAAUGUCCUUGUGGAUCAGAUCACACCUCACGCCGCCAUUUAUUGAAUUGCCCACUUGUUCCUGUGGCACUAUUUGAACAGUUGCCUUAA